UGGCAACAGUGGCGGAGGUGUGGCAACACUGGCGACCAGUGUUUACACGUGUGUCAGCUGGUCCGGCCACGCUGCUGCUCCUCUAUCUUCACAUACACUGGCUUUUUAUUAAUCGCUCACUAUGGUCUUUUAUUUUACUAGUAAAGUGGUGGAUCCGCCUGUCACGCUCUUCAUGGGACUUGAUAAAUAUGAAAAUGAAGAUCUAAUUAAAUGGGGCUGGCCUGAAGAUGUUUGGUUCCAUGUCGACAAAGUCUCGUCUGCUCAUGUUUAUCUACGACUGAACCCAGGUCAAACAAUAGAUGAUAUUCCCAUGGCUGUAAUUGAAGAUGCUGCCCAGCUAUGUAAGGCCAAUAGUAUCCAGGGCAACAAGAUGAAUAAUGUAGAUGUGGUUUAUACGCUGUGGUCCAACCUUCGCAAGACUCCAGGUAUGGAUGUUGGACAAGUUGGAUUUCACAGUGAAAAGGAGGUACGCAAAAUUCGAUUGGAAAAACGCAUGAAUGAAAUAAUUAACCGACUGAACAAGACCAAGACAGAAUCUCACCCAGAUUUCAGACUAGAGCGAGAAGAACGAGAUAAACAAGAGCGAAAUGCCCAAAAGAAGGAAUUAAGGGAAAAGCAACAGAAGGAAAAAGAUGAAUUAGAGAGAAGAAAGAAGGAACAAGAACUUAAGAGCUACAAUUCUUUGUUCGCGUCGGAAAACAUGAAGACAAACAAGGAUGCAGCUGAUGAAGAUUCAGAUGAUUUUAUGUGAUGCAUUAGUGCACUGACAUGUUCUUUUCAUAGGGAAAUUGCAAAGUCAAAACUUAAUAGGUUUGCAGUUGUGUACUUGUGCCUAUAAUUUUUUUUUCUUUUUUAAGAGGAUCAAGAAUGGAAAACAUUUUACCUUCCUGCUUUCUUAUUUAAUAAGCUAUUCUAACUACAGCAUGCAUUAGUGGCAAGACAGACAACGAAUGAUUACUCAAAGAAAUGAAGUUUUGUGCUAGUUACAAACGGUAACUUUAACAAUGUCACCGUGCUAUCAGUGGAAAAUUCAAUAUAAAUGACCAGCAGCAAAGAUUUAUGUAUAACGCAAGAAGUUAUAUUGCAUAUCAGUAGCAUGUUUGGCAAGUAAUUAGCAAUUACUGUAAUGAAAAUCUGUAUCUGUACCAUAAUACUUCCAUGGUGCUGUAUACUGUGAACAUGAAUUGUCCUAUGUGGUAAUUCAAUUAUUCAUAAUUUAAUAAAAUGACCAAGCUCUA